AUGGCCUAUAAUGACAUCGAAUAUUGGUAUCCAGCGAUAUGUGCCAUCACAUAUUACGUCAGCGUUUUCAUCUUAGCAGAAAUUUCUAGAAAAAUUGUUGAUAAGUACUGCAGGACCAACAGUUCCGCCCAAGUUUUCUUCAUCGAGCUUAUUGGAACAGUUCAAGCAUGUACUUGUGUUUAUGAAAAUGGAAUUAUUGCCCAGAUUUACGGUCUUUCCCCUGUUUUUGUAACAGUAGCAGUAAUCCUCUUCUUCACCGGAAGAGUCGCCAGGGGAGCAUGCAUUUCUCCUUUAAGACCAAUGGAGCUUGCUUUCAACAAAGUUAUCGGUUACAAGCGAUUGUUCGUUCUGUUAUCAGCUGAGAUCAUUGGAGCUGCUAUAGCUGCCCGUUUAGCCAUGAAUAUUUGGUACUACUCUGCCGAUUAUGCUUCCGUUCACGCUGAUGCUUUCAUAAGUGUAAGCAACUGUCGUCUUCAAUAUAAAGCUGAUUUCGCGAUGGUUAUCGCAUUCGAACUUGUCGGAACUGCUCUUCUGAGAAUUCUGGUAACCAUGAUUCCUCCACGCUACCAAGAAGUUGGUGUUCCAACUCUCAUCUCUUCGUUCAUCAUCGCUGCCAUUCUCUUGGUAGGAGUUCCAGGGCUUAACCCCGUUGUUGCUUCUUCUCGCAUGUUCGGCUGUCAAGGAAUUGAUCAAAAUACAUUCAUUGCCGUUUAUUGGAUAUGUCCUAUUAUGGGUUGGUUCGUAGGAGCUGAAAUUCAGAAAAAUCUUCUCCAGCAAGCUCCAUUGAAGUUGAAAAAGAAGACAAAAUAA